AUGACGCAAAGAACGCUCACUUUUGUCACUGGCAAUAUAAAAAAGUUGGAAGAGGUUAAGGCUAUCCUAGGCACUAAUUUAACUUUUGAGGUUAUAAAUCACAAGCUGGAUUUACCAGAAUUGCAGGGUGAAGUCGAGGAGGUAUCAAUUAAGAAAUGUCAAGAGGCUGCUCGCCGCCUAAUGAAACCUGUAGUAGUUGAAGAUACUUGUUUAAGUUUUAACGCUUUAAAGGGCCUGCCUGGUCCAUAUAUAAAAUGGUUUUUAGAAAAAUUGGAGCCCGAAGGUUUGACACGACUUCUAACAGGAUGGGAUGACAAAUCUGCUCAAGCCAUUUGUACCUUUGCAUAUUGUUCUUGUUCAGAUGACAACUUAGAUGUUAUUUUAUUUCAAGGUAAAACAACAGGGAAAAUAGUUUCUCCAAGAGGUCCACGUGAUUUUGGUUGGGAUUGUAUUUUUCAACCUGAUGGUUACAAUUUGACUUAUGCCGAAUUGCCCAAGGAAGAGAAAAACAAAAUAUCACAUAGGUAUAAAGCUUUAAAUAAACUGAAGACAUUUUUAGUAGAAAAUUGUCAAUAG